GCGCCUAUCAUAUCUUGGUGCAUAAACGCACUUCACCUCGGUCAACCCUUGCUCCGUCUUAUGAGACAGGCUUUAUUAUCCGCAUUUUAUAUGAGGGGAAACUGACGGUGGAGAGAGAAUUAUCUUGCUCAAGGCGACACAGCAGAGCCCACAGGUGGCAGAAUCCUACCCGAGCCCGCUUCGACCCGCGGGGUGGAAACCACGGGCGCCCGCCCGGCUGCGCGUCCGGAGCUGAACUGAGAAGCGAGUCCUCUCCGCCCGGCGGCCACCGCCCAGCCCCGACCCCCGCCCCGGCCCGAUCCCCACUCGCCACCAGCUCCCCGCGCCCACCCCGGAGUUGGUGGCGCGGGGACGGCGGGCGCGGAGGCGGGAGGCGGGAGGCGGGAGGGCGGGCGCUGGCACCGGGAACGCCCGAGCGCCGGCGGAGAGCGCGACACGUGCGGCCCAGAGCACCGGGGCCACCCAGUCCCCGCAGGCCCGGGACCGCGCCCGCUGGCAGGCGACACGCGUCUUCCAAUACGAUCCCAAAUGGCUUCUCUUCAUCACAGUCCUAACGCCCUGGGCACAGAUGUUCACUUGAAGAUGGAGUUUCACCAUGUUGGCUAGGAUGGUCUCGAUCUCUUGACCUCGUGAUCUGCCCGCCUCAGGCUCCCAAAGUGCUGGGAUUACAGGUGUGAGUCACCACACCCGUCCGGCCACAAUGAUCCAUUUGUAAAGUCGGGAAUAAAUGACCUCUGAAGUGUUGUCUGUAUAUUGAUCUGCUACCAGUAAAACAUAUCUCUGAAGAAUACAAAGUUCUAUACCAGAGUUGAUUGUUGAUGGCACAUACUUUUAGAGGAUGCUCAUUGGCACUUAUUUUUAUAAUCACGUGGCUGUUGAUUAAAGCAAAAAUAGAUGCGUGCAAGAGAGGCGAUGUGACUGUGAAGCCUUCCCGUGUAAUUUUACUUGGAUCCACUGUCAAUAUUUCAUGCUCUUUGAAGCCCAGACAAGGCUGCUUGCACUAUUCCAGACGUAACAAGUUAAUCCUAUACAAGUUUGACAGAAGAAUCAAUUUUCACCAUGGCCACUCCCUCAAUUCUCAAGUCACAGAUCUUCCCCUUGGUACAACCUUGUUUGUCUGCAAACUGGCCUGUAUCAAUAGUGAUGAAAUUCAAAUAUGUGGAGCAGAGAUCUUCGUUGGUGUUGCUCCAGAACAGCCUCAAAAUUUAUCCUGCAUACAGAAGGGAGAACAGGGGACUGUGGCCUGCACCUGGGAAAGAGGACGAGACACCCACUUAUACACUGAGUAUACUCUACAGCUAAGUGGACCAAAAAAUUUAACCUGGCAGAAGCAAUGUAAAGACACUUAUUGUGACUAUUUGGACUUUGGAAUCAACCUCACCCCUGAAUCACCUGAAUCCAGUUUCACAGCCAAGGUUACUGCUGUCAAUAGUCUUGGAAGCUCCUCUUCAUUUCCAUCCACAUUCACAUUCUUGGACAUAGUGAGGCCUCUUCCUCCGUGGGACAUUAGAAUCAAAUUUCAAAAGGCUUCCGUGAGCAGAUGUACCCUUUAUUGGAGAGAUGAGGGACUGGUACUGCUUAAUCGACUCAGAUAUCGGCCCAGUAACAGCAGGCUCUGGAAUAUGGUUAAUGUUACAAAGGCCAAAGGAAGACAUGAUUUGCUGGAUCUGAAACCAUUUACAGAAUAUGAAUUUCAGAUUUCCUCUAAGCUACAUCUUUAUAAGGGAAGUUGGAGUGAUUGGAGUGAAUCACUGAGAGCACAAACACCAGAAGAAGAGCCUACUGGGAUGUUAGAUGUCUGGUACAUGAAACGGCACAUUGACUACAGUAGACAACAGAUUUCUCUUUUCUGGAAGAAUCUCAGUGUCUCAGAGGCAAGAGGAAAAAUUCUCCACUAUCAGGUGACCUUGCAGGAGCUGACAGGAGGGAAAGCCAUGACACAGAACAUCACAGGACACACCUCCUGGACCACAGUCAUUCCUAGAACCGGAAAUUGGGCUGUGGCUGUGUCUGCAGCAAAUUCAAAAGGCAGUUCUCUGCCCACACGUAUUAACAUAAUGAACCUGUGUGAGGCAGGGUUGCUGGCUCCUCGCCAGGUCUCUGCAAACUCAGAGGGCAUGGACAACAUUCUGGUGACUUGGCAGCCUCCCAGGAAAGAUCCCUCUGCUGUUCAGGAGUACGUGGUGGAAUGGAGAGAGCUCCAUCCAGGGGGUGACACACAAGUCCCUCUAAACUGGCUACGGAGUCCGCCCUACAAUGUGUCUGCUCUGAUUUCAGAGAACAUAAAAUCCUACAUCUGUUAUGAAAUCCAUGUGUAUGCACUCUCAGGGGAUCAAGGAGGAUGCAGCUCCAUCCUGGGUAACUCUAAGCACAAAGCACCACUGAGUGGCCCCCACAUUAAUGCCAUCACAGAGGAAAAGGGGAGCAUUUUAAUUUCAUGGAACAGCAUUCCAGUCCAGGAGCAAAUGGGCUGCCUCCUCCAUUACAGGAUAUACUGGAAGGAACGGGACUCCAACUCCCAGCCUCAGCUCUGUGAAAUUCCUUAUAGAGUCUCCCAAAAUUCACAUCCAAUAAACAGCCUGCAGCCCCGAGUGACAUAUGUCCUGUGGAUGACAGCUCUGACAGCUGCUGGCGAAAGUUCCCACGGAAAUGAGAGGGAAUUUUGUCUGCAAGGUAAAGCCAAUUGGAUGGCGUUUGUGGCACCAAGCAUUUGCAUUGCUAUCAUCAUGGUGGGCAUUUUCUCAACGCAUUACUUCCAGCAAAAGGUGUUUGUUCUCCUAGCAGCCCUCAGACCUCAGUGGUGUAGCAGAGAAAUUCCAGAUCCGGCAAAUAGCACUUGCGCUAAGAAAUAUCCCAUUGCAGAGGAGAAAACACAGCUGCCCUUGGACAGGCUCCUGAUAGACUGGCCCACGCCUGAAGAUCCUGAACCGCUGGUCAUCAGUGAAGUCCUUCAUCAAGUGACCCCAGUUUUCAGACAUCCCCACUGCUCCAACUGGCCACAAAGGGAAAAAGGAAUCCAAGGUCAUCAGGCCUCUGAGAAAGACAUGAUGCACAGUGCCUCAAGCCCACGACCUCCAAGAGCUCUCCCAGCUGAGAGCAGACAACUGGUGGAUCUGUACAAGGUGCUGGAGAGCAGGGGCUCCGACCCAAAGCCAGAAAACCCAGCCUGUCCCUGGACAGUGCUCCCAGCAGGUGACCUUCCCACCCAUGAUGGCUACUUACCCUCCAACAUAGAUGACCUCCCCUCACAUGAGGCGCCUCUCGCUGACUCUCUGGAAGAACUGGAGCCUCAGCACAUCUCCCUUUCUGUUUUCCCCUCAAGUUCUCUUCACCCACUCACCUUCUCCUGUGGUGAUAAGCUGACUCUGGAUCAGUUAAAGAUGAGGUGUGACUCCCUCAUGCUCUGAGUGGUGAGGCUUGAAGCCUUAAAGUCAGUGUGCCCCCAACUAGCACAGUCUGCCCCAACUCCCCCAGCCCCUGCUCCAGCAGCUGUCAUCUCUGGGUGCCACCAUCGGUCUGGCUGCAGCUAGAGGACAGGCAAGCCAGCUCUGGGGGAGUCUUAGGAACUGGGAGUUGGUCUUCACCCAGAUGCCUCAUCUUGCCUUUCCCAGGGCCUUAAAAUUACAUCCUUCACUGUGUGGACCUAGAGACUCCAACUUGAAUUCCUAGUAACUUUCUUGGUAUGCUGGCCAGAAAGGGAAAUGAGGAGGAGAGUAGAAACCACAGCUCUUAGUAUUAACGGCAUACAGUCUAGAGGACCAUUCAUGCAAUGACUAUUUCUAAAGCACCUGCUACACAGCAGGCUGUACAUAGCAGAUCAGUACUGUUCAACAGAACUUCCUGAGAUGAUGGAAAUGUUCUACCUCUGCACUCACUGUCCAGUACAUUAGACACUAGGCACACUGGCUGUUAAUCACUUGGAAUGUGUUUAGCUUGACUGAGGAAUUAAAUUUUGAUUGUAAAUUUAAAUAGCCAGACAUGGCUAGUGGCUACUGUAUUGGAGAGCACAGCUCUAGAUGGCUCCUAGAUUAUUGAGAGCCUUCAAAACAAAUUAACCUAGUUCUAUAGAUGAAGACAUAAAAGACACUGGUAAACACCAAUGUAAAAGGGCCCCCAAGGUGGUCAUGACUGGUCUUAUUUGUAGAAGUCUAAGAAUGUACCUUUUUCUGGCCGGGCGCGGUGGCUCACGCCUGUAAUCCCAGCACUUUGGGAGGCUGAGAAAGGCAGAUCAUGUCAGGAGAUCGAGACCAUCCUGGCUAACAUGGUGAAACCCCAUCUCUACUAAAAAUAUUUUAAAAAAAAUAAAAAUUAGCUGGGUGUGAUUGCAGGUGCCUGUAGUCCCAGCUACUCGGGAGGCUGAGGGAGGAGAAUGACAUGAACCUGGGAGGUAGGGCUUGCAGUGAGCCACUGCACUCCAGCUUGGGCAACAGAGCAAGACUCUGUCUCAAAAAAGAAAAAAAAAAAAAAAGAAUGUACCUUUUUCCUAGAUUUGCUGGUUUAUUGUUUUAUUUUGGCUUCAUCCUCUUUCAGCAAAUCAAGGGCAGCUGGAUGGUGAAGACCUAUCGUAAACUCACCAUGGUACCAUAGUACCUUGGGCAACCAGCCUCCACCUCUUGAAUCUCGGGUGUCUUGUAAAGGGCUGGACCAAAGGCUCUCUGACCCCUUGUUUCCUCUCCUUUUUGCUGCAGCAGGCCCUGCCUUCAGGACCAGGGCUGUCUCAGGGUCUAAGACCCCAACCUCUGAGGUUGUCCUCAGAAGUUGUCUGUCCCCUGUUUCCAAAGGCACAGCUUUCAUUCCCCGAGAAGAUAUUGAGCUGGUCCUCUGCCAGCUCAAGUUAAGCCUGGAAGACAACUCUGUUUUCCACAGCAUGGACUUGGAACAUGAUCCAUGUUUUGCUCUUUAAAGCUGUGGCCCCUGGCUUGCCACCCUCCCUGGCCCAUUGCUGCCUCUGUCUCUUCACUAUAGGCACUUCUGCCAAACUAGUGGAGAAAAGUCUUGGUCUAAACUGCUAAUAGUGCUCUUCCCUAAAGAACAGGAUAAAAGAUCCAAAAAACUUUUUCUUAAAUUCCUGUCAAGCCUGGGGUCCACCCCCUACCCCUUCCCACAUGAACACUGGAACUGAGAUGGCUUCCCCAUCAUCCUCUGGAUUUUCAUUUAACAAAGUACUUGUUGCAAAUGUGUACUUCUUCCCUAAUGUGCGGAACUAGAAACUUGUCCAUACAUACCCCAGUCCUGUAGAAAUAACUGUUCUCAGGCUUUAGGUUUUCCAGAUUUCCCUCAGAGUCUAGAAACUGAGCGAUGGACAGUUGCUCUGCUUCUUCAGGUUGGAACCCUUGAUACAUCCUUGUUUCCUGAAAUUCCAAACUUAACACCUAUAGUUUUCUCAGGCUUUUUUUGAAAAGUUCCUUCCUUUCUAUUUCUAUUCCACUCUACUUAGCUAUUAUUGUGCGGCACCCCCAAUGGUUCCUUUCCUCUCAGCAUCGCUGUAGCUUGCCUGUACCCAGGACAUGCCCUUGACUGGCACAAACCGUGACAGACAUGCCCUUGACUGGCACAAACCGUGACAGACAUGCCCUUGACUGGCACAAACCGUGACAGACAUGCCCUUGACUGGCACAAACCGUGACAGACAAGGCCACCUCCUCAGAAGCGGAACAACCUAUUAUCUUUUGGCAAUGGGAGCUAACUUCACUGUUUUCUUACAAUACCUGGUUUUUCCUAUCUUUGGUUUCCUUUUGAUUACCUCUCAUCCAUCUCAGCCACUCUUCUCCUCCCCUCCCUUGUGUCUACAACACCCCAUUUUACCAAGUCUCCCAUUUAACCUCCCCACCUUUUUCUUUCCCUUAAAGUCUCAUAUGAUACUGCAGUCCUCAUUUGUCUUCCCAAAACAAAAGAAUUUUUUUUUUUUUUUAAGGAAUCCUUCCUUGACUCCUAAAGACUCCUAAGGAUGCUGAGGCCUCCUCAGCAUGAUUUCCAUAUACUUACUUUCUCUGUUGGACUGCAGACAACUUGAAAGCAGGAACUUUGGCAAUGUUUCCCCAGCACCAGCAUCAUGCCUGGUCCGUAGUAGCUACCAAUAAAAAAGUAAGCAUCAUGAACCCAAAAGUAUCUGAGAAAGGUCUCAAUUAAUUUAAAAAGUUUUUAUUUUGCCAAGGUUAAGGACACACACAUGACACACCCUCAGAAGGUCUGGAGGACAUGUGCCCAAAGUGGUUAAGGCACAGCUUGGUUUUAUACAUUUUAGGGAGACAUAAGACAUCAAUCAACAUAUGUAAGAUGUACACUGGUUGGGUCUGGAAAGGCAGGAUAACUCAAAGUGGGGGCUUCCAGGUCAUAGGUAAAUAAGAGACAAAAGAUUGCAUUCUUUUGGGGUUUUGAUCAGCCUUUUACUAAAUACACAAUUUACAUGUGAGAAGGAGGUAGCUCAGGUGAACAGAGGGAUGACUUUGAGUUCUGUCUAUCCUUUAUCCCACACCUGUGAAGAUCAGCUAUGGUGAAAUUCAACAGAACUGUUUUAGAGUAAAGAUCUUGAAGCCCUCGUAGGCAAAUUGUAAGGAAAGUAUGCAGUUUUUUGGGGGAGAAGGGGAAUAAAAUGGGAGGCAGCUUUGCCUGAUGCAGUUCCCAGCUUGACUUUUCCCUUUGGCUUAGACUGAUUUUCUUUUCGCAGCAGUAUCACUUGCCACUGCUUUGUCUUAUUCUUUCUAUUCCAGAAGCCAGCCCAUCUGUGCCCAUUUCCUCCUUAUUGGAACAAUUGUUUGCAUUUGUUCAUUUUCCUUCCCAAAUCCCAUUCUCUCCCAUUUGUUGACAGCACCAUUGUGAUGCAUGGAGGGGUGUUUCUUGUUUUAAAGAUGUAUUUGAGGAUGUCUUUGGCAGCUUACUCUGCCAGAUAAGGUGUCCUCUUUCCAUGAAUGACAGAAGAUGGGUAACUCUGUUCUGCCAUUGCCCCAAGCGGUUUUCACAAUCUGCCCUUCUCCCCCCUGCCCCCCACCACUAGUAAAAACCCCAAACCAAGUUGCUAGGUUCACCAGAUCUAGGUGAUACUCACCAACAUACAGCUAGGCUUUCAUUCCUCAGGAAAAUUGCAAUUUUGUGGUCUUAUAAUGAUAUAUACUGGUUUCCAUCCAUGGUUGCGGGCUCCUGAUGUCAGAGGUGUUUGAACCAGAGCAACUCCAUCUUCAAUAGAGGCUGGGUAAAAUAAGGCUGAGACCUACUGGGCUGCAUUCUCAGGAGGUUAGGCAUUCUUAGUCACAGGAUGAAAUAGGUUGGCACAAGAUAAGUCACAAAGACCCUGCUGAUAAAAGAACUUGUGGUAAAGAAGCCAGACAAAAGCCACCAAAACCAAGAUGGUGACAAAAGUGACCUCUGGUCAUCCUCACGCUUAUUAUAUGCUAAUUAUAAUGCAUUAGCAUGCUAACAGACACUCCCUCCAUGACAGUUUACAAAUGCCAAGGCAACGUCAGAAAGUUACCCUAUAGGGUCUAAAAGGGGGAGAAACUCACAGCUCUGGGAAUUGCCUACUCCUUUCCUGGAAAACUCAUGAAUAAUUCACCUCUUGUUUAGCAUAUAAUCAAGAAAUAACUCGGGCCAGGCAUGGUGACUCACGCCUGUAAUCCCAGCACUUUGGGAGGCCGAGGUGAGUGGAUCACCUGGGGUGUCAGGAGUUCCAGACCAGACUGGCCAACAUGGUGAAACCCCAUCUGUACUAAAAAUACAAAAUUAGUCAGGCAUAAUGGCAUGCGCCUGUAAUCCCAGCUACUCAGGCAGCUGAGACGAGAAUCGCUUAGAACCCGGGAGGUGGAGGUUGCAGUGAGCCGAGAUUGCACCGUUGCACUCCAGCCUGGGCAACAGAGCGAGACUGUCUCAAAAAAACAAACAAACAAACAACAACAACAAAACUAAGUAUACUCAAUUGAGCAGCCCACGCUGUUGCUCUAUGGAGUAGCCAUUCUGUAUUCCUUUACUUUCUUAAUAAACUUACUUUCGCUUUACUCUAUGGAUUCACCUCAAAUUCUUUCUUGCUCAAGAUCCAAGAAACCCCUCUUGGGGUCUGGAUGGGGACUCCAUCCAUUGUUAUGGAUGUCCCAUAACAAUAACUCCCGUAGCCCUCCUUAGUCUUUUGCUAUAUUGGGUGUGUCAGGCCUCAGGGACCGGCCUCCGACCUUCUCCUACCCUCCUUUCACUCUAACAUUCCCCUGCCUUUCCAAUUGUGAGUCUUAAGACCCUCCCAUGAGAGGGUCCCACCCAUACCCUGGGAGAAGGAAUGCUGAUGUCAUGAAGCUUCCAUAAAAACCCAAGAGGGCCAGGCGCGGUUGGCUCACACCUGUAAUCCCAGCGCUUUUGGAGGCCGAGGUGGGUGGAUGACUCUAGGCCAGGAGUUCGAGACCAGCCUGGCUAAUAUGGCAAAAACCCCAUUUCCACUAAAAAUACAAAAAUUGACCAAGCAUGGUGGCACAUGCCCAUAAUCUCGACUACUUGGAAGGCUGGGGCAUGAGAAUUGCUUGAACUAGGGAGGUGGAAGUUGCAGUGAGCCAAGAUCAUGCCACUGCACUCCAGCCUGGGCGACAGGGCAAGACUGUCUUAAAAGACAACAACAAAAAGCAAAACCCAAGAGGAUUGGAUUCAGAGACCGUGAAAGUGUUCAGAUAGCUGAACAUGUGGAGAUUCCUAAAAGGUGGUGCAUGGGAGCUCCGUGCCCCUUCCCCCAUUCCUUGCACUACAUAUCUCUUUAUCUGUAUCCUUUGGAAUAAACCAAUAAAAGUUGUUUCUCGGAGUUCUGUGAGCUGCUCCAGUAAAUUAAUCAAACCCAAAGAGGGAGCUGUGGGAACAACUUGAAGCUGAUCGGUCAGAAGUUCCAGGGGGCUGGACUUACAACUGGUGGGGGUGGGACAGUCUUGGAGACUGAGCCCGCAACUUGUGGGAUCUGACACUAUCUCUGGGUUCCCAAUACCCAGAAUAGUGUUGGCACUGAAUUAGAGGACACCCAGAUGACGUCUGCUGCUUGGUGUGGGGAAACACCCCCUGACGUCCACCAUCUGGUCACAGAAGUUGCUUCUGUAUUUAGUUGUGGUCUGAGAGUAAAGCCCAGCUAAUUUUU